AGUGAUUAGUAGAACAGUGAGCCCAUAAAGCCAAAUAUUGAUUAACAAGCCGAGGACUUUUUAAGGCAGAAAUCCAAAGAUUUCCAAAAGCACUUUAAAGGAAUUUUAAGCACAAACUUUCAGAAGAGGAACAUGGAGACAUUAUUUCUGUUUUUUCUGCUUGGACUGCACACAGUGAAGGGAACAGGACACUGGUGUGAGCACACGGUGGCUGAGAAAGUAGAGCGAGUUUUGUCUCCUCGGCUGCAGCUUGAGGUGAGCUGCUCUGAGGUGUAUCAGUAUAACACUGAAGGAUGGAGGCUGGAUGUGGACAGGAUGCGUGUCAAACAUGGAGGGGAUGACGGCAUCGCGCUGUACUACAAACAACAGGGUCCCAAGGCAUCCUGUUUCAUGUACAAACCCCCAGAGAUCGAGAAGCAGACGGUGAACAAGACAGUGAGGGCGUGUUGUGAAGGCUGGGGCGGACCACGCUGCUCUGAGGGUGUGGGUGUGCGUGGCCAGUGUUUCUCUACGUGGAGUUGUGAGGAGUUCCCUGGAGUGCAUAACUCCUCCCUGAUGCCCAUGGAGCAGUGCUGCAGCAGCCUGUGGGGUCUGAGUUGGAGGAAUGCCACGGAUAAGACCUGCCUGUCUUGCACCUACACUCUCCUCCCUGACUCCCAGUCCUCCCCGCUGGUGCGUGGUGGUCUGCUGGGAAGCGUCAGGUUGCCUCAGAGCUCAGCCACCUGUAUGUCCUGGGGCGGAGCUCAUUAUCGCACUUUUGACAGGAAGCACUUCCACUUCCAGGGCAGCUGCACUUACCUGCUGGCCUCGUCUACUGAUGGCACCUGGGCGGUCUACAUCAGCACAGUCUGUAAUGGGAGAGGACACUGCAGUAAGGCCUUGAGGAUGAUGCUGGGUCUAGAUUUGGUUACUAUUCAUCACAUGAACUUAACUCUGAACAACAUCCCAGUUCCAAAUGGAGAACCACUCUUCCUAAAUGGAGUGAGUGUUCAUUGGCUCGGGGACUUUGUGUUUGUGGAGAGCGGCCUGGGUGUGAGAGUAAAAUUUGACCUGACCAACACAGUCUACCUGACAGUCACUGCAGAGCACCUGGCUGCCACGAGGGGGCUCUGUGGAGUCUACAACAACAAUGCUGACGAUGACUUCACCACAAUAAGUGGAACUGUGUCCCAAUACGCUGCCAGCUUCGGCAACUCGUGGAAAGUUCCUGACCAGCAGAAUGAAGGCUGCAGUGAUGCGGCUGAGCUUGGUCACAGCUGUGAUGUUUCAGGAGACCCUUCUCUACGCAAGCACUCAGAAUCAGUGUGUCACCGGCUCUUGGAGGACCCCUUCACACACUGUCACCUCCGGGUGGACCCAGCAGCGUACGUGGACACCUGUCUCUACCUGUAUUGUAGCCUGCCACCCAAAGAGAGGGACUCAGCAGUGUGUGACACCCUGGCUAGCUAUGCCCGGGAAUGUGCCCAGCAACAUGUCAUCAUACUGUGGAGGACAGCUGCUCAGUGUGGUCGUGUCUGUCCCAGAGGUCAGGUGUUUUCAGACUGUGUGUCCUCCUGUCCCCCCAGUUGUGCAUCCCCUCAACCCCCUGGGCCUGCUGCAGCAUCUAUAGGGCAGUGCAGGGAGGAGUGUGUGGGGGGCUGUGAGUGUCCACCAGGCCUCUACCUCCACCAGGGAAGAUGUCUAAAAAGAGAUGAUUGUCCUUGUUUCCAUCGCCGCCGCACCUAUCAAUCAGGGGACAGGAUAGAGCAGAGAUGCAACACCUGUGUGUGCAAAGCAGGCCAGUGGCAGUGUACUGGGGAGAGGUGUGCAGCCCAGUGCAGCCUGAUGGGAGCGCUACAGGUGAACACCUUUGACAAAAAGAGGUAUUCACUGCAGGGUGGAGACUGUCCCUUUACUGUUGUGGAGGACUUUGUUGACAGAAAGCUGGUGGUGAGUGUACGCAGUGGGGAGUGUACAGCAGGAGGUGGAGGAGGAGGAGGAGGAGGGGGUUGUCUGAGAGAGAUGUCUGUGACAGCACUCCGCACUACAGUCACUAUCACAGACACUGGCACAGUAACACUGAAUGGUCAGAGGAAGUCAUUGCCUGUGGUGACGGGGGACUUGGUUGUUCGAAGAGCCUCCUCUUCAUUUCUCCUCAUCCAGACUUUUGGAGCUCAGCUGCUCUGGCACCUAGAUGGACCUUUGGCACUCAUCACACUACAACCUGGAUUUGCAAACAAGGUGCGUGGCUUGUGUGGAACGUUAACCUGGAACCAGCAUGAUGACUUCACCACACCAGAUGGAGACGUGGAGAACAGUGUGACAUCCUUUGCAGGGAAAUUCACAACAGAGCACUGUGCUCUACCUAAAGGAGCUCCACCUGACCCCUGCACCACCUACAAUCAGAGGAGACAGUAUGCAGAGAGAGUGUGCUCCAUCAUACACAGUUCUACCUUUCAGGUGUGUCAUGAUGUGGUGGAAAGGGAGCCUUACUAUCGUCUCUGUAUGUCAGAGGUGUGUGGCUGCCCUUCUCAGAGGACCUGUCACUGUAACAUCCUCACUGCCUACACACGACACUGUGCUCAGGAAGGUGCUACCAUCCAAUGGCGAAAUCAGACCUUCUGUCCGGUCCAGUGUUCAGGUGGUCAGGUGUACCAGGAGUGUGGUCGUGCCUGUGGGGGGUCCUGUUCAGAGGGCUGGAGCUGCGAUGAUAGUGGUGGUGGUGGUGGGGGGAUUGGUCUGAGAACGUGUGUCCCAGGAUGCCAGUGUCCAUCAGGACUUGUGCAGGACCACCAGGGACAGUGUGUGCCCAUCAGUAUGUGCCCCUGUGUACAAGGGGACAAGACAUACUCGUCUGGGGCUGUUAUUAUGAAUAACUGUAACACCUGUAUGUGUAUGCAGGGACAGUUUAACUGCACUCAGGAGCGCUGUGAAGAGGUGAACAGGUGUCCAGGCUCUUUGGUUUUCUCUCCACGGUCCUGCCUCCUCACCUGCUCCAGCCUGGACCCUCCAGGCCAACAGCAAGGGUCGAGUGCUACACAGUCAAGCUGCAGAGAACCCCUGUCUGGGUGUGUCUGUCCCCAGGGAACUGUGCUACUAGGUGAUAACUGUGUUCUGCCUGAAGAAUGCCCAUGCCACCAUAAUGGACGACUUUACUACAACAACGAUACUAUCACUAAGGAUUGCAACACAUGUGUGUGUAAGGAGCGUCGCUGGCACUGCAGCCAGUCUGCCUGUGCCGGUGUGUGCUUGGCGACUGGUGACCCACACUAUGUGACCUUCGAUGGCCGCUGUUACUCUUUCCUUGGUGACUGUCAAUACGUGUUGGCGAGGGAGACCAGCGGCUUGUUUAGUGUCACAGCAGAGAAUGUGCCCUGUGGGAGCACCGGGGUCACCUGUACAAAGUCGGUGACGCUCAGCCUGGGAAAUACGGUCAUACAUCUGCUGAGAGGUAAAGCUGUGACUGUAAAUGGGAUGCCAGUGGGUCUACCAAAAUCUUACAGUGGAAGCGGUCUAACUUUGGAAAGAGUUGGACUGUUUGUCUCCCUUUCUUCAAAACUGGGCGUCACCCUGCUCUGGGAUGGAGGUAUGCGUGUUUAUGUUCGUCUGUCGUCCCACCUGCGGGGUCGAGUCGGGGGCCUGUGCGGUAACUUUGAUGGGGACACAGAGAAUGAUUUCACCACACGGCAGGGCAUUGUGGAGUCUACACCUGAGCUGUUUGGAAACUCCUGGAAGAUCAGCCCUUCCUGCCCUGACGUUGCAAACCAGGACCUUCGAGACCCUUGUGCUCUGAACCCGUACAGGGUGACCUGGGCCAGGAAAAGAUGUGCAGUCCUGACUCAGGAGCUCUUCUCUCAGUGCCACCCUGAGGUGCCCUUCCAGCAGUACUAUGACUGGUGUGUCUUUGAUGCUUGUGGCUGUGACUCAGGUGGGGACUGUGAGUGUCUCUGUACAGCCAUUGCUGCCUAUGCUGAAGAGUGUAACCGACGAGGGGUUUACAUCCGCUGGAGGUCCCAGGAGCUCUGUCCUCUGCAGUGUGAGAACGGGCUGGUGUAUGACCCCUGUGGUCCAGCUUGCUCAACUUCAUGUCCAAGCGUUCAGAAGAGUCCACACUCUCAAUGUGGUGCUCUCUCCUGUGUGGAGGGCUGCUUCUGCCCUGCUGGCACUGUCCGACAUGGUGACAGUUGUGUAGUUCCCACUGAGUGUCCAUGUGAGUGGGAUGGCUCCAUGUUUCCAGCUGGAUCAGUUAUCACUCAGCACUGCCAGAACUGUUCCUGUGACGAUGGUUUGUGGCAGUGUCAGGGUGUGGCCUGCCCUCCUCCCUCCCUUCCCUGCCUGGAGUCAGAGUUUACCUGUGCUGGGGGGCGCUGCAUCCCCUCUCAGUGGGUCUGUGACAACGAAGACGACUGUGGUGAUGGAUCAGAUGAAGUCUGCCCAUCCACCUGCUCUCCAGACCAAUUUCGCUGUACCAGCACACCAAGUGGACCAUGUUUGAACCUGGCUCUGCGUUGUGAUGGCCACCCAGACUGUGCUGACCAAUCAGAUGAGGAGUUCUGUGGACCUGCCACUCCUCUGCCUUUGUGCCCACCGGGGGAGUUUCAGUGUGCCAGCGGAAAGUGCCUACCAGCCAGCCGUGUGUGUGACGGACGGCUGGACUGUGGAUUUGCUGAUGGGUCUGAUGAGCAAGACUGUGGUGUGGUGUGUGAUGAAGGAGAAUUCCUGUGUGCUGGAGGACGCUGCAUCCUCUACAUCCACCGCUGUGACGGACAUGAUGACUGUGGGGACCUCAGUGAUGAGAGAGGGUGUGUGUGUUCACAAGGAGAGUUUCAGUGCCCUGGGGAUCAGUGUGUCCCUGCAGACAAAGUGUGUGAUGGAAACAGAGACUGCACUGCAGGAACUGAUGAAGCUGUCUGUCCCAGUAAAGUUACCUGUGCUCCAGACCAGCUGGCCUGUAGUGAUGGUACAUGUGUUUCCAACACCAAGCUGUGUGAUGGAACAAGAGACUGUCCAAGUGGAGAAGAUGAGAGCACUACCAACUGCUACACUUUUGUCAUAACACCACCAUCCUCAGCUGUCACUCCAACUAUACCCAUUUCAGUUUGUAGGUCCUAUGAGUUCAGCUGUGCCACUGGAGGGCAGUGUGUGCCUCAGGCCUGGCGCUGUGAUGGAGAAACAGACUGUAUGGAUGGGAGUGAUGAGCAGCAGUGCAGCGCCCCCUGUGGACCCGGUCAGGUGCCCUGUGUCAGUGGGGACCAGUGUGUGGACUACCAGCAGCUCUGUGACGGGAUCCCACAGUGCAGGGAUGCAUCUGACGAGAGUAUUGACAACUGUGGCUCUAUCAGGAUACCUCCUUGUCCAGGCAGCUUCUCAUGUGACAACCGCACCUGUGUGAACAUGACCAAAGUGUGCAACGGUGUUCCAGACUGUCCACGAGGCGACGAUGAGUUGGUGUGUGAUAAAACUGUCUCACCAGUGCAACCAGGCGGCAGGAACAACACCGUCACCUGCCCUGAAUUUACCUGUGCGGAUGGAUCUUGUGUCCCCUUCAACAUGGUUUGUAACGGUGUUGCAGACUGUCCAGACUCCUCAUUGGCUCCACCAGGAGGCCCCACUGAUGAGCAGGACUGUAGAAGCUGGAGCUCCUGGGGUCCAUGGAGCCCCUGCAGCACCUCCUGUGGCACGGGCUCCAUGAGUCGCCAGAGAAACUGCCCCCAAGGUGACCCACUGCACCAGUGUCACGGACAGGACCACCAGAGGCAGCAAUGUUUCAACACCACCUGUCCAGUUGAUGGUCAGUGGAUGCCGUGGGCCAGCUGGUCCAAUUGUUCCAGCAGUUGUGGUGGAGUGCAGGUCAGGCACCGAGGCUGCAUCCCUCCUCGCUAUGGAGGCAGAGACUGUUUGCAGCUCCCUGGACAAUCCCACCUCGCCAUGGAAAUCAAGCCUUGUCCUGAUGACAACUGUACCAACACCAGCUGUCCUGCAGGGCUGGUGAAACACAGCUGUGCUCCCUGUCCUGUUUCCUGCGCUCACAUCAGCAGUGGGACCACGUGUGAUUCAACAACACCCUGCUCCUCAGGUUGUUGGUGUUCCGAGGGACAGGUGAUGAACCACAUGCAACAGUGUGUGUUACCAGAGGAGUGUGUGUGUGAGGUGGCAGCUGUGCGCUACUGGCCAGGCCAGCAGAUUAAGGUGGACUGUGAGAUUUGUGUUUGUGAGAGAGGACGGCCUCAGAGGUGCCAGCCCAACCCAGACUGUUCAGUGAACUGUGGCUGGUCAUCGUGGACUGAGUGGGGAGAGUGUUUGGGGCCUUGCGGUGUUCAGAGUGUUCAGUGGUCGUUUCGUAGUCCAAACAACCCCGUCAAGCACGGAGACGGGAGAGCAUGCAGAGGAAUCUACAGGAAAGCCCGCAGGUGCCAGACUAACCCCUGUGAUGAGUGUGAGUACCAGGGUCAGUCCCAUGCUGUUGGGGACAGAUGGAAGUCAGACCACUGCCAGUUAUGUCACUGUCGGCCAAACCUUCUGGUGCAGUGUGCCCCCUACUGUCCGUACGCUGUCAGUGGAUGUCCACAGGGCCAAACUCUGAUACCUGGGGAGGGAGACAGGUGUUGUUACUGCCAAGGAGACAAUGACACCAUUCUAGUAACAAUCAGCCCUGACACUGUAACUUCCACACCAGGAGAGGGCACUAAUCCUCUGGUUCCCACAUAUCCACUUCCUCCUGGAGAUGAGUGUUGGACUCCUCUUGGUGUUCAGUCUCUUCCAGCUUCCAGUUUCAGUGCCUCGACACAGCAGACCGGUCACCCACCUGAGAGCGGCCGCCUCCACAGUUAUGACGCCCACAGCGAUCUCCAGGGCUGGAGUCCAGAGCCUGAGGAGUACAAGGAUCUACCACAGAGGAGCCCUGAAGGACACAGAAGCAAAACACAGAGCCCUUACCUACAGAUAGACCUUCUUCAACCAUACAACAUCACAGGUUUGCUAACGCAGGGUGGAGGUGUGUUUGGCACCUUUGUGUCCAGUUUCUACCUCCAGUUCAGCAGCGAUGGCAAACAGUGGUACACGUAUAAAGAGUUGGUCACUGACGCCAGACCCAGAGCAAAGGUUUUUAUGGGCAACCACGACGAUCAAGGGGUGGCAGAGAUCAGACUGGACCGGAUGGUGUCGGCUCAGUUUGUCCGCCUGCUGCCUCACGACUUCCAGAACGGCAUCUACCUUCGACUUGAGAUAAUGGGCUGUGGAGAUGAUGACCACUGGUUUGGGACAUCAGCUCCUCCCUCUCCAGUCUCCCCCACAGGAGGCUGCAGAGAGAAAGAGUUCCACUGUGAAAAUGGUCACUGUGUGCCAGCAGGUCCACUGGGAGCUGUGUGUGAUGGGGUCAAUGACUGUGGUGAUGGAUCAGAUGAGAUGUACUGUGGAACUCAGCCGUCCCUUACAACCUCAAGUCCUCGCAGCUGCCCUGCUGGUCAGUUCUCCUGCCCACCACCAGGGGGCUGCAUUGAAAAAGACAGACGUUGUGAUGGCGUCCCUCACUGUCCCAAAGGAGAGGAUGAGGCUGGCUGUCACCAUCAUGAAAACAUGACUACUCAGGCAGAUAGACCAUACACAUCCACCCCUGCACCUCUCAGGACUCCAUCCAUGGCUGCUGUCACUCAUCCUGCAGUCGCACCAACGGACGGUGGCCCAGGAUAUCGAGGAAUCUGCUCAUCUCCUCUUGGACUGGAGGAUGGGAGAAUACGAUACGGUCAGCUGACCUCAUCCUCGUACCGGGAGAACAACCCGGCUGAUGCUGGACGACUAAACAUCGUCCCCAAUGUUCAGGUUAUGGAGCCGGGAUGGAGCCCCUUGCCUUCAGAUCCUCAACCAUACUUUCAGGUGGACUUCCUGGAGCCCACAUGGGUGUCAGGGGUGGUGUUACAGGGUAGUGAACGUAUGUGGGGUUACAUCACGAAAUACCGCCUGACCUUUGCUCUGAACAGUGGACUCUUCACAGACUAUACUGAGGAUGGAAAGCCUGGGGGUCCUGCUCAGGUCUUUGAGGUGCGCAUGGUCGGCAGGACUCCUGUGACUCGCUGGCUCAGUCGGCUGGUCAGAGCUCGCUACCUGCGCAUCAUCCCUGUAGAGUUCAGACACACGUUCUACCUGCGUGCAGAGAUCCUGGGCUGCAGAGGAGAUGAGCUGGUGACGCCCAGCACUGUGACUAAGUCUCCCUCUGGUGGUGACAGAGUGACUGUGCAGCGCUGUAAACCUGGGCAGUUUGCAUGUCAGCACAGUGACGAGUGUGUGUCUGUCUCUGUGCUGUGUGAUGGGCGAUCAGACUGCAAGGACGACUCUGAUGAGAUCAACUGUGGUACAGCUCCAACCAGAGGCCCCCCAGGCCUUUAUACCACCAGGUCCUCAGGUGGCCAUCCUGGUGUGGCUAGCGAGGGAGUCACAGGUGAUUCAGGACUUCAGAAGACCUCAACCUCAAUUCAAGGCCUUUGGACUACCAGACCAUCAGUCCACCCAGAGGUCUCCACAGGUCAACCUGGACUGCAUCUCACCACCAGCCUUACAUCUGGAAGACCUGGGCUGCAAACCACAAAAGCCCCAUGGAUUGUUACCACCCCUCAUGAUGACGGACUACCCAGAGUGCUUUGUGUUGAGGGCCAGUAUGCAUGCCGAUUAUUUGGCUGUGUGGACUCGGCGCAGGUGUGUGAUGGCAGACGGGACUGUUUGGAUGGCUCAGAUGAAGAGCGCUGUGGCACCACAGCCAGACCAGCUGUCACCACACAGAGCACACCACUGCCCAGCCCCUGCUCUGCAAAACAGUUCUCUUGUGUCAGUGGGGAGUGUAUUCAUCUGGACCGCAGGUGUGACCUGCAGAAAGACUGCACGGAUGGGUCGGAUGAAAAAGACUGUGUGGACUGCAUCAUGUCCUCGUGGACUGCGUGGAGUGCGUGCAGUGUGUCCUGUGGACUGGGCUCCUUGUUCCGUCAGAGGGACAUACUGAGGGAAGCUUUGCCGGGCGGGGCCUGUGGUGGAGCUCAGUUUGACAGUCGUGCCUGUUUCCCUCGAGCAUGUCCAGUCAACGGCCACUGGUCGCAGUGGACAGACUGGUCAGAGUGUGAUGCUCAGUGUGGAGGUGGUAUCAGGCACAGAAACAGAACCUGCUCUGCUCCUCCUCCCAAAAACGGAGGGCUGGAUUGUGAGGGCAUGACCCUGCAGAGCCAGAGCUGCAACAACCAGCCCUGCACCAAAGAUGUCAGCACACAGACGGGCUGUGUGAACAACAUGGUUCUGGUGACUGAAGCAGACUGCCAGGCCGGGAGGGUUGAGCCCUGUCCUCCUACCUGCUCACAUCUCAGCUGGUCCAGCAACUGCACUGAUUCAUGCAUAAUAGGUUGUCGGUGUCCUGAUGGACUGUACCUGCAGGGUGGGCGGUGUGUGAAUGCCAGUCAGUGUGGUUGUUUCUUUAAUGGUCAAACAUUGCAGCCAGGACAGACAGUCAGCAGGGACCAGUGCACCACAUGUGUGUGCAGAGAUGGAAAAGUAACCUGUAACGCCUCUAGCUGUAUGACCACCUGUAGCUGGUCAGCCUGGUCAUCAUGGUCUCCAUGUGAUGUGACUUGCGGUCUGGGGCUACAACAACGCUACAGAUCACCGGUGAUCCCAACUGGAGUAUCUAGAGUCCAGCCUUGUCCAGGAGACUCCUCGGAGGCCCGUCGCUGCUCCAGCCCCUGCAUCCCUGAGCUACCAGAUGGAGUCUGGAGUAAAUGGACCAGCUGGUCAGAGUGCAGUAAGACAUGUUUCAACCAUGUUGAUGAUGUUGGGAUCAGACGACGAUAUCGCAGUUGCAACCACACACUCUUAGAUCCUGCCUGUGGUGGAGACAGUGAGGAGCAGGAACCUUGUAACACUCUACGCUGUCCAGUGAACGGCGGCUGGUCCGAAUGGUCACCGUGGUCUCAGUGUUCCUCAGAGUGUGACUCUGGUGUCCAAACAAGAGAGCGAUUCUGCAAUUCACCUCCACCACAGCACGGGGGCAGCAGCUGCUCUGGGCCGCACAUACAAACAGGAGACUGCAACUCUCACCCUUGCACAGGUGUGUGUCCAGAGGGCAUGGUGUACAUGACAGCAGCAGAGUGUGAGGCUCACGGUGGUGCGUGUCCUCGGGUGUGUUUGGACAUGACCUCCACGGAGGUUCAGUGUGCCACAGCCUGUUAUGACGGCUGCUACUGUGCCCUUGGCUUUUACCUGCUCAACAACAGCUGCGUGCCCCUGGACCAGUGCCCAUGCUACCACCAGGGGGAACUGCAUCCAGCUGGUGCCUCCCUGCUUGUUGAUGCCUGCAAUAACUGUACCUGCAUCAAUGGAGAAAUGGAGUGUGGAACAGCUCCCUGCUCUGUGGAUUGUGGUUGGAGCAGCUGGACUCAGUGGAGCGCCUGCAGUCGAACAUGUGAUGUUGGAGUGAGAAGACGGUAUCGUUCGGGGACCGAUCCUCCUCCAGCCUUCGGGGGUCAACCUUGCAAAGGAGACAGAGUUGGGAUGGAUACCUGCAGCAUUGAACCCUGUUUUGGUGUGAAGGAGCCAUGGAGUGCGUGGUCAGAGUGCUCAGUGACGUGUGGAGGAGGUUACAGGAGUCGAACCCGUGGGCCAAUCAGAGUCCACGGCACUGCUCAGCAGUUUAGUGCCUGCAACCUGCAGCCCUGCGGAGAUGGCAGGUUGUGUCCUCGAGGCCAGGAGUGGAAGCAGUGUGUGACGGGAGCAGUGUCAUGCACAGACCUCACAAUGGACAUUAGCAGGAACUGCACACCUGGCUGCCAGUGUCCACACGGGACUGUCCAACAGGAUGCUGUGUGUGUGCGGGAGUCUGUCUGUCGCUGUGAUGUCGGUGGAGAGCAGUACAAACCAGGAGAGACUGUGCCCACAGACUGCAACAACUGUACAUGUGAAGCAGGGAGGCUGGUCAACUGCUCUCAACUCAGCUGCAAUGUUGAUGGCCAGUGGUCAACGUGGACUCCAUGGGGUCAGUGUUCGGUGUCGUGCGGAGCAGGUCUUCAGUCUCGAUACCGGUUCUGCUCCAGCCCACAGCGCUCUGGAAGCGGUUUACCUUGUCUGGGUGCUUACAGAGAAGACCAAGUCUGCAUCAACACUCCAUGUGAUCGGGACGGAGAUUGGGGUCAGUGGAGUACCUGGACAGAGUGUACCAAGUCAUGCGGAGGUGGGGUUCGAAGCCGGAGGAGAGAGUGUGAUAGUCCCAAUCCAGAGGGGGACGGGAACUACUGUGAGGGGCUGGGAACUGAGCUCAAAGCCUGCAACACAGCCCACUGUCCAGUGGCUCCAUGCUCACAGGUCCCUGGCACGGUGUUCAGCAGUUGUGGUCCAUCCUGCCCUCGCUCCUGUGAGGACCUGGCUCACUGUGAGUGGCAGUGUGAGCCGGGCUGCUACUGCACCGAGGGAAAGGUCCUGUCUGCUAAUGGGACCGUCUGUCUGGAGAGGGAGGAAUGUCCCUGCCUGGACCUCAGUACUGGACGCACACUUGAACCUGGGGAGACCACCACAGCCCCUGAUGGAUGUAACAACUGCACAUGUGAGGGUGGGAAGCUGAACUGCUCCAGAGACCCCUGUCCUGUGUCUGGUGGCUGGUGUGAGUGGUCAGAGUGGACACCAUGCUCGAGGACCUGUGGGGCAGAGUCGGUGUCUCGGUACAGGAGCUGUGGCUGUCCAGAACCCAAGGCUGGAGGAGCGGCCUGCUCUGGAGAACAGGAAAUACACAACGGGGUCGGAGUUCAAAUCCAAAGGCAGCCCUGCCCUGUCAUCACCUUCUGUCCGGUCCAUGGAUCGUGGAGUCCCUGGGCGGCGUGGUCUGAGUGCGAUGGUUGCGCUGGAUCGGCUGCUCGCACCAGGCAGUGUAACAGUCCUCCCGCCAGAUUUGGAGGCCUGCCCUGUCUUGGAGAGAGCAGGCAAAGACGCGGCUGUCACGACAACACGACAGUUUGUACAGACUGCGGCGGAGGCCAAGAAGAAUGGCCUUGUGGGAAGCCCUGUCCCCGCUCCUGUUCAGAUCUCCAUGGCGACACAGAGUGCUUGGACUCCCCCGGGUGCCAGCAGACCUGCGGUUGCCCGGGUGACAUGAUUCUGCAGGACGGAGUGUGUGUGUCCAGGGAGGAGUGUCGCUGCAAAUACCACAAUACAUCUGCAACUGAAAUGACAUUUGGUGGGCUAGACUCCACAAAUGCAUCAUGGGUAUGGCCUGGUGGAUCUGACUGGCAGUUUGCAAAUCCAGGAGAGAGCAUCAUCAGUGACUGCAAAAACUGUUCCUGUGACGCUGGGGUUCUGCAGUGUCAAUCUGUUCCUGGUUGCCAUGUUGAUGGUGGCUGGAGCCAAUGGACGGCCUGGACUGAGUGCUCUGUUCCUUGUGGAGGGGGAGUGAAGUUCAGGAGACGCCACUGUAAUAACCCAUCUCCUCAGAGCGGUGGGAGGGGCUGCCUGGGGGCUGCUGAACAGCAAAAAGACUGUAACGUACACCUGUGCACAGACUCUGUGGGUCCGUGGCUCCCCUGGUCUCAGUGGUCCGUGUGUUCAGUCAGCUGUGGAGGAGGACAGCAGUCCCGCUCUCGCCUCUGCAGCUCUCAACCCUGCAGCGGUCUAAGCCGCCAGAGCAAGACAUGCAACACCCAGGUCUGCCUCGAAGUGGGAUGCCCCCCCGGCAGAUUGUACAGGGAGUGUGAACGAGGUGAAGGUUGCCCAUUUAGCUGUGCUCAGGUCAGCGGCAGGGAGGGAUGUUACUCUGAUGGCUGUGAGGAAGGCUGCCAUUGUCCUCCAAACACCUACCAACACCAGGGAGCAUGCCUGCAGGAGUGUCCAUGUCUGGUGGACAAAGAGUUUCUGGCCUCAUUGCAGAGUGUUUCCAUAACACCAGUCUCAUCUCUGCUCCUUCAUAACAUCUCUGAGGGAGUGGAACUUCAACCUGGAGACACUGUGGUCCAUGACUGCAGCACCUGCGGCUGUGAGCAUGGCAGGUGGAACUGUUCCCUGGAGCAUUGCCCAGUGAACGGGGGUCUGUCACCCUGGGGCCCCUGGAGCUCCUGCUCCCUAUCCUGUGGAGGUCUGGGACUCAAAACUCGCUCUAGGGGCUGCACACAGCCUGCACCGGCUCACGGGGGGAGAGACUGCCAAGGGCCGAGGCAGGAAACCACCUACUGCCAGGCCCCAGACUGCCCAGUUGUUGGUCCGACAGAUGAACCAAUUUUACCAGAUGAAGAUGCUGGGUUCUCUCCCUGGUCGUUAUGGAGCCCCUGCACUAAGACAUGCACGGAUGCUCUCAGCCCAGCCAUGAAGACCCGCAAUCGAGAUUGUGUCAAACCUCCCUGCUCUGGAAGCUCUCACCAAGAGAAGGCCUGUAAUCUGCCUCAGUGUCCAGAUGGAAGUGGGGUAUGCUCAGGUGCUGACUGUGCACAGAGGAACUGUUCCUGGACAGAAUGGGGGGAUUGGAACUCGUGUUCGCGGUCAUGCGGAGUGGGUCAACAGCAGAGGAUUCGAACCUUCCUCAGCCCGGGAACCAACGGCUCCUGGUGCGCAGACAUCCUGGGGGGGAACCUGGAGCAUCGCUUCUGUAACAUCAGACCCUGCAGAGUGGACGGAGGCUGGUCACGCUGGAGUCCCUGGUCCCGCUGUGAUAAGCGCUGUGGUGGGGGGCGCUCCGUACGCACCCGGUCCUGUUCCAGCCCUCCACCAAAAAAUGGUGGAAAGAAAUGUGAAGGAGAGAAGAACCAGGUGAAACCCUGCAACACCAAACCCUGUGAUGAGAAAGGAUGCCCGCCGGGCCAGGAGUUCGUUCUGUGUGCCAACCAGUGUCCACAGCGAUGCUCAGACCUCCAGCAGGGAAUUGAGUGUCAGGGCAACACCGAAUGUCAGCCUGGCUGUCGCUGCCCUAAAGGCCAGUUACAGCAGGAUGGUGUGUGUGUGCAGCUGUGGCAGUGUGACUGUGUCGACUCACUAGGACAGAUUUGGGCGGCAGGCAGCUGGCACCAGGUGGACUGCAACAACUGCAGCUGCUCUGACGGACAGCUCCUCUGCACCAAUCACAGCUGCCAGCCCACCUGCAUCUGGAGCUCCUGGUCGAGCUGGGCGUCGUGCAGCGUUUCCUGUGGGCAGGGCCAGAGAACCAGAUACAGGUCCCUGGUACCAGAGAGUGAAGGAGCAGAGUGCCAGUUUGAAGAAGUCCAGCAUAAAUCCUGCAACCCAGGAGCUUGCCCACCUCUCUGUGUCCAUGAUAACCGGGAGCUCAGUGUGGGAGACACCUGGCUGCAGGGCGAGUGUAAACAAUGCACCUGCACACCAGAGGGACAUUACUGCCAAGACAUUGACUGCAGAGUGGAUGGUGGUUGGACCCCGUGGUCAGUGUGGUCUGACUGCUCUGUGACAUGCGGUCGGGGCACACAGGUUCGAACUCACGCUUGCAUAAAUCCUCCUCCACGUAACAACGGGUCCGAGUGCAGCGGGCCAGAGAGAGAAACACAGGACUGCCUCACUCCUCCAUGUCUAGAUGACCUUUGCCCCUGGUCUCCAUGGUCACCGUGUUCUCAAAGCUGCGGCGCCGGUUCUGUGUCACGGAGGAGGGUGUGCGUGUGUGAGGAAGGGGGAGAUGCAGCGUGUCCAUCUGAAAUUGAGGCUGAGAGGAACAGAGAGGAGACACAGCUGUGUUACAAACAGCCCUGUUCAGGCUGUCCCAUGUCACAGUGGAGCGUUUGGUCUCAGUGCUCCUGCGAGUCUCAGAAGCAGCAGCGCUACCGCGUAGCUCUCUCACCGGCCACCAGGGGUCAACAGUGCACUCCUGUCGAGACACAGAGCAGGUCAUGCAGUCUGAGUCCAUGUGAUGAUUGUAAAUCUCCGUUUGUGUACUCGGCAUGCGGUGCUCCCUGUGAGAAGCAGUGUGCGCUGCAGGGCCAUCAAGAUCAGUGUUUAGGUGUCAGAGAGUGUACACCUGGCUGCUACUGCCCAGAGGGUCUGCUGCAGCAGAACGGUACCUGUGUUCCUCCGGAGCAGUGUGGCUGUGUCCACCUACAGCACCAAGCGUCUGGAGAACCACCCACACUUAUCAGCAUCCCUCAGGGGGGCACCGUCACCAUCGACUGCAGCACUUGCCUUUGCCAUGAUGGGACGUUGCAGUGUGACAUGAGAGAGUGUGAAGUCAUCCUCAGCGAGUGGUCCCAGUGGACUCCAUGUUCCCCAUGUUUGCCCUCUUCCUCCCUGCAAAGCGACUCCCAAUCAGGGCUCAUCGGCAGCAGUAAGAUGGUUUCAAUCCAGAAGCGUUUCCGAGCUUGUUUGGACCUGGACUCUGGUCUUCCGGUGUCUAAGGAGGAGGAGGAGAGCCAAUGUCCUGGCCCGCUGUCAGAGGAGAGGCUUUGUCCAGAUGCUCAUAUCUGCAGAGAUCAGUGUCAGUGGAGUGCCUGGAGUGCCUGGACAGCCUGUGCAGAGCCGUGCAGCGGUGGAGUCCGGCAGCGCUACAGAUGGCCCACAGCCACUCCUCCAGGACCGAAGUGUCGGAGCCAACAGACACAGAGCCAGAGCUGUAACACUGCACUCUGCCCUGGUGAGCGCUGUGAGGACAGGGGGCGGACCUACCAAGAGAGCUGUGCCAAUCAAUGUCCUCGCAGCUGCACUGACUUAUGGGAGCAUGUGCAGUGUCUCCAAGGAGCCUGUCACCCAGGUUGUCGGUGUCCAGAGGGUCAGUUGUUACAGGAUGGUGACUGUGUGUCCGUGACACAGUGCCGCUGUGGAAUCCCAUCAGGCAAUGGGACACUAGAGUUCAACCCCAAAGAGGAACUUUCUGUGGACUGCAACACUUGUGAGUGUGAGAACGGCACUCUGGUGUGCUCCAAACUUCCCUGCCCUGUUUAUGAGCCAUGGAGCCCGUGGAGCUCAUGCUCAGCCUCGUGUGGGCGCGGACAGAGGACAAGGACCCGUCUCUGCCAGGACACAGAGGGCGGUCCUCUCUGUGCUGACACCAUAAAGACAGAGAGCUGUGAAGUGGUUCCAACAUGCCCAGUGGGUUGUUUAUUGAGCGAGUGGUCUCUCUGGAGUGAUUGCAGCGCCACGUGCGGUGGUGGGUUGUCAGUGCGGAACAAGACAGUCUUGAGGGAGCCAGAGCCUGGUGGGGCUGCUUGCAUUGGACCACUUGAACAGCACGCUGUCUGCAACACUAACAGCUGCCUACCAGAGUGUCCCAGUGGACAAGUGUAUAACAACUGUUCAGGUUCCUGUCCAUAUACCUGUGAGGACCUGUGGCCACAUGCUCAAUGUUUACCUGGACCCUGCACUGAUGGGUGCACUUGCCCUCCAGGACAGGUGUUAUAUGAAGGCUCCUGCGUGUCGCACUGGGACUGUCCUUGCUCGCCACUGUCUCUGCCUGCUGGGUACCGGAGCUGGAACGUCAGCACUGAUGAGGACACAGAAGCUCUGCUGCCACCUGGAACUGCCAUUCACCAUCUCUGCAACACAUGCGUGUGCACAGGAGGAGCGUUCAACUGCACCUUCGAGCUCUGCGAUGUGGACUGUGAGUGGUCCAGCUGGUCCCAGUGGAGUCCAUGCUCAGCGAGCUGUGGCACAGGGCAGCAGCACUCAACCAGAGCCAUCAUGCAACCCAGCCAGUACGGAGGGGCACCAUGUGAGGGCCCUGACCACCGCACAACAACCUGCGUGGCCCCUGACUGUGCAUGUCCCGUCGGCGAGCAGUGGAGGAGGAGCGUGUCAGAGACGUCCCCGCUGUGCGAGAGGAGCUGCGAGGACAUUUACUCGUCUCCUGUCAACUGCAGCCACUCCAGCGAGGGCUGUGUGUGUCAGGAGGGGCUUUAUCGAAACAUUGAGGGAGUGUGUGUCAUUCCAGCCCUCUGCCCCUGCCAUGACCAGGGCACCCUGCGGGAGGCUGGAUCAGAGUGGGAUGAAGGCUGCCUGUCAUGCAGCUGUGUGAACGGGAAAAAACUGUGCCAGUUAAGAUGUCCGCCACUCCAGUGUGAUGAGGAGGAGGUCAAGGUGGAGGAGCCGGGCAGCUGCUGUCCAGUCUGUAGGAAGCAGUUUCCAGGCGAGCCCGUCCCAGAGUGUCGUCGCUAUGUGCAGGUCAGGAACAUCACCAAGGGAGACUGUCGGCUUGACAACGUGGAGGUCAGCUUCUGCAGGGGACGCUGUCUGUCCAGGACUGAUGUCAUCCUGGAGGAACCCUACCUCCAGUCAGUGUGCGAGUGCUGCAGUUACCGUUUGGACCCUGACAACCCAGUCCGCUUCCUCAGCCUGCGGUGCGAGAGCGGAGAGAGCGAGCCGGUCGUGUUGCCUGUCAUACACAGCUGCGAGUGCACCAGCUGCCAAGGAGGUGACCUGUCCAGACGCUGAGCGAUUAUGUUGAGUGGGUCUGCGAGAUGAGUGUGUGUGUGUGUGUGUAAGUGUAAGUGUGAAUGAGUGUGGCACUACAGAGUGUGAGCAGGAUGAACACCAAGCCAAGCAAGAGCUCCAAACUGAACGCCAGCUGGAUGAUGGAUGGAUAGAGAGUACUGGGACGGACAGACCAAAGAAUAUACGAGUAAAGAAUUAAAGUCCUGUUGAUGUACACAUUGUUCUUUAGUCCUUAGUCAUCAUAUGACUGGAUGCUACUGCUUAUAGGAGAGUUCCUGUUUUGAAACAUUGUUUAUUCUUCAGCCUGUACAGCCUUUCUUUUGUAUAUUUAUAGUAAUAUUAAAGGACCUAUGAUACUUUAUAAUAAUAUCUAAGAAUUUGGAUUGUAUGUUUAAAGAAUUGUUUAUGUACCAACAGUGUUCUUGAAGUACAGUAAUCAUCUGUUAAAUACAAUCUUUCUACACACAAA